AUGGAGAACCCCCCUACGGAAGACGCGGUCACACUGCAGUGCACACUGCAAUACGCAAUGCACAAAAACGACGUCAAAAGCGAGGUCAAAAAUGUAGUUCAAAAUGAAGAGGAAGACAUAACGAAUUUUAUAAUUAGCAAAAAAAUGAACUUGACAAAGGAAAAAAAUGAAAAUGUAAAAAAUAUGAAAAAAUUAAUUUCAAAACAUCCAGACAUUUUUAUCAAGUCGUCUAUCCUGUCGAGAGAGUUCCAGCAAAAUGUCCACGACAUCCAAAUCGUUGUCGAUGACUUAAGAAGUAAUUGCGAGAAAAUUGUAGCCUUGUUCGAGGAGGGUCAUCUUAAGAGCAGCAUGGAAGGGAUGAACCUUUCCAACAGUGUACAUGACAACACAAGGAGUGGCCUUCCGGCAGACAUGCUUAAAAUUCCUUUAAUAAUUCACCGGAGUAACGAGAAGGGAGACGUGCACGAAAGCAUGAAGUAUGUGCCCCUGUGUGGAAGGGUGAAAUUAUAUCUGUGUGCAUUGUGUAGAUCCAAAUCGAAUGAUCACAAUUUGGUCAACUACCUACGCAGUUAUAAAAAAAAACUCAACAAAGAGAUAAAGAAAACGAGGGAACUUAUCUUCCAGUUGGUUAUGAAAUGUGAUGAUGUGGCCACCUUGAAAGUAUACCUUCAAUAUCUGGCCAACAUACGAGAUUAUUUUUUGUUACCUCCAGGGGGAGUAACAACGAAUGAAAAGUUUUCAAGCGAAAUGAACAAUGGUGAAAAUUGCCUGAACGGGUUAGGUGAAAAACGGGAAAACAACAUGACCCGUUCAGGCAGUUUCUUGAAUUGCAAAGAUGGGAAAAUGACAAACGAGGAGUACACGCAGCACACAUUCUUAACGCUCAAGCACUUUUGCAUACUACAGUCAGUGAAGGAUCAAUUGGAGAAAAAAAUAAGCAAGCAAAGAACGAACAACUCGUUGAGUGCACAUGAAAUUGUGCAAAUAUUUUUGCAUGAAAUUGCAAACUUGAGAAGCAGCUACGAGAAGCUGUUCCAUUCCGUGGACGCCAAUCUCUUUAGGCACAUCGUGUUUCUUUACUAUUUCGCGCUUUCCCUUGUGCAUAUAAAGAUAAAGCAGGGGAGUACUGCCUCACCAGGAGGCGGCGCGAACAAGUUCGAUGUAGAGAACUGCGACGUAAAGACGCGUGAGGGGAAUACGCACCACACGGAUACAUGCAGCGAACAGUUGCUGAACAAACUCAACCGAGAAUACAUCGCAAGCAAAUUGGCAAAUUGUACGAAAGAGGCGAACACGUCGUCCAGACAGACCAACAUCGAAGAAGGGGGACAACUCCCGCUGCGCCUUUUUUCCAACCAAAGGUACCCCUUUGUAAAUGUAAAUAGCGCCCUCUUCAACUACAUGUAUUACUGUGUUUUCUUCAAGUGUGAAAAGGACGUUUGUUUCCAUCCACGAGUGAGCGAACAUGAAGAGGAAAAACUGCCACACUGGGGUGAAAAUCAAACGACAUCUCCCCACAGGAAUAAAAAAAUAAAUUCGAAAGAAAGGCCACAUGAAUAUGCAAAUACGGCACACACAAAUCACUGCUCUUGGGUGAAUUCCUUGUACGAGGAGGGAAACACAAAAUGGAAACGAAAAAAACAAAAUGAACAGACAACAAAAAUGAGGCACCAUAUUCUUACCCAUUACAUAUCAAUACAGGCGUUAGUUCAAAGGGCAAGUAUAAAAGACUCAGUGGAAAAUUUGUUCCAGUGUCGAAAGAGUUACGAACAAACUGCUUUCACGAAUGAAAACAGGAAGGUCAUUUUCAUAAAGGGGUUAAAUGCGCCUGUCCUAUUUAAUAAUAUGUUAAAUAAAAUUUUCAUCCUGUACGUUUACCAUUUUUUGGAGAAAACCAAUUUUCACUUUUAUGAGAGCGUUUUAUUUUUUGAUGAGAGUGAGCAGGAGGAGUUUGUUCGGUCGGAGAAGAACAUCCUAUGGGUCCUACGCGAGCACCUUCGCGAGCACCUGCGCAGUGGAAAGGGGGCGAGUGGUCAGCUGCAGGGGGAGCAGCUAGGCGUGCAGCUCAACGAACCGCUCAACGACACCGGGGGAACCCCACUGCAGCGCGCGCAACAUAAGCUGAAGCACGCCUUCCUAAACUCCUACUUCCUCAACCUCCUGUUCAUCCUGAAAAGCAUAAAGCACUACGUAGACAAGUCCAUAACCUGCGUCGUCAUUUUAUUAUUUGAAGACUCCUUCAAGAGGGUGAUAAAGAAUUUGGUCAUGAUUUAUUUGGGGAAUCAAAAUAUGUACCUGAAGUAUUCCACGUUUCACUUAAUCAUGGAGUCACUUUUUAAAAUCAUUUUCCCCUUCACCUUUUUGUUCCUGUCGGAUGUUUUCCAAGUGGACACCUCGAGAUCGACGGAGAGCAUCUUUAAUGUUCUGGACAGCUACGGAGUUGGCGCGUGA